CUUCGACCGCCCUUCUCUUCCUCCUCCUCCAAUAAAAUCCCUCCGCUCCCUCCUACUCUCCUCGCGGCCGUUUUCUAGGGUUUUGCCAUCUACGGCUUCCACCGGUCCCUCCCACACUAUCGCGGCCAUGGCGAAGCCCGGCCGAGCUCGGCCAGCCACCCCGUCGGGGUCGGCUUCCGCCUCCUCCUCCCCCUCGCGCUCGACCUCCGGCUCGUACUCCCGCUCGCGGUCUCGCUCCCGAUCCAGGUCCUUCUCCUCGUCCUCCUCUCCCUCCCGAAGCGUGAGCUCUCGAAGCCGAUCCCCUCCGCCUCAGAGAAGAAGUCCAAGUGCUGCAGGUAGAAGAGGUCGUUCACCAUCACCACCUCCUAAAAGAACUUCACCACCAAGGAAAACAUCUCCAGUUCCUGAGUCUGUGGUUCUUCACAUUGAUCAUCUGUCAAGGAAUGUCAAUGAAGCUCAUUUGAAAGAAAUUUUCAGUAAUUUUGGUGAAGUACUCAACGUGGAGCUGUCAAUGGAUCGGAUUGUUAACCUUCCUCGAGGUUAUGGCUAUGUUGAGUUCAGGAAGAGGGCUGAUGCUGAGAAGGCUCUUCUUUACAUGGAUGGCGGUCAAAUUGAUGGAAAUGUUGUUCGAGUUAAAUUUACGCUAACACAACGUCAAAAACCAUCUUCCCCUCCAAAGGCAAUUCCUGCUGCUCCAAAAAGAGAAGCUCCUCAGAGAGAGAAAGUUAGUGCCAAUGCUGAAAAGGAUGCUCUGCAGCGGCCUAGGGAAUCUUCUCCACGUCGGAAACCACUGUCACCUCCACGGAGGCGCUCUCCUCCAGCAAACCGAAGAGUUGAUUCACCAAGACGUCGACCUGAUUCACCUCCGCGUCGUCGUGUGGAUUCCCCUGUUCGUCGCCGAGCAGAUUCUUCUCCUUACCGACGUGAAACCCCACCUCGGCGGAGAGCACCAUCUCCACCUAGAAGACGAUCUCCUCCUACUCCUCCACCAAGGAGGCAUAG